AUGCAGGGCGACGAAGACGGAGGGCUAGAAUGCUAUAUAUGUGGAUCAACUCAUAAGCGCUUUCAUUGCACAGAGUGUCUACAUGACAAGAUACGAUCCCAAAAGGCAUUAUCAGAUAGCACCCAAGGAGAGAGACAACGUAUAUCCGACUCUAUAACUUCAAAGCUAUUCAAUCGACCGCAAACGGGCGCAUCAUUUGACAAGUUGUAUGAGAGCAAACAGUUACAGAUAGAAUCACUAGAGGCUGACAUUGCUAGAGCUAGAGGUUCUAUACAAUCAACACGAGACAAGUUGCAGGAGCUUCGUACGAGAAGAGAGUCUAGACGGCAAACACUAGCAAACGCUGCUGCUUCUCUAGAAUCAGGCAAAGCUAAAUCAAUUCCGAAAAAGACGUCUGAUCUUAAAGAGAGACGAGACAAUGCACAAUCGGAUUCGGAUUCACUGGUGCAAAACCGACACGACAUUAUAAGAGAACUCGUCGCGGUAUUCAGGCUACGUAAAGUCGCUGCUAGAGUUGUCGAAAAUGGUCGAAUUCCAUACUCGAAUGGUGCAACACCCGUAAAUGGCAAUAUUGCAAUGGUGCCAUCACCAUCAUCAUCGUCAACUAGUGGAUCAACAAGUCCAAUAACAGCUGCUACAGUAUUAGCUGGUAAAGCUCCUCCGCCAGAGUACAAGAUCGUAAAUGUGGCAUUCUCGUCGUACGGAGAGUGUCCACUUCAACAGCAGGAACGAUUUAAUGCUGCUAUUGGAUAUAUCAUUCACAUGACGAUUAUUCUUGCACAGUAUUUGACUAUAACGCUUCCGUAUGAAUUGGUCAAUAAGGGUAGAGACUCGUAUGCUCAAUCUCAUCAUCCUGGAUUAUCUGCUCAAAAGCCACUAUUUUAUACUCCAGAGAAUGUGGAAGAGUUUACUCAAGGACUUGCAAUGCUGAAUUUUGAUAUUGCAUACUUGUGCUUUACUCAGGGAAAACUCAUACCAUUGGAUGAAGUGCCUCAGACUUUAAAGAACCUGGCUGAAUGUUGUGAGGCUAGUAAACCAAGGAAUCUAAAUGGACGGUAUAAAACAGCAAACACAACCACCACGAACAACAGUAACGGGACUACGAAUGUUAAUAAUCACAGUAACGACACCUUCCCGCAGACCUUCCCACUAAAGUUUAGUGAAGUGCUGAGGUUUCAUCAAAAGAUUCGAAAAGAGCCCACUGCUGUUACUGCUACUUCGACAUCUAGUAGAUCUUCAGGAGGUAGUCGCCCUAGUAGUAAUAGUAAAACAAUUCGGCCUUCUGAUGAAGCUCUAGACAGGGCCUCAAUCAUUGAAGAUGACUUCGUGGUGGUUCCGAACUUCUGA